AAUAGCCAGUUUUAGCUGAUCCAAUACGCAAAUUAUUACUGGCUCAACCGGUUUAGCUAUGAGUUUUUCGGCGUAUACGGGUCCAUAAACUGUGUUUUUUGAAUAUAGAGAUUCAAACCCUCAUUUCUUCACAGCAAAGUUUACUUCGCGUGGACCAGCAUAGCGCAGAUUAGAGGGUUCUCUGCGUUUGUAAAGAUAUUUCAAAGAUUUAUGACCGCUUUUAUUUUUCAUAAAUGACGUGCGUAUUGAGUACUCCUUGGAAUGGUUUUGGAUGAAUUCGACUUCACGCAGCAGUUAUUUUGCUGCGGAUUGAUUUUUAGACUGUUUGUUGCAUGUGAUAUUUUGAGGGAGAAGGUGUAUCGAGAUUUGUUUGCUCUAGAAGCUGAAAACAUGGCUUAUGAAGGCAAAACGUCUGAUGGAAGCAAGAGUCGUGGUCAGGAAUGGGAAGUUGUGUCACUUACUGCAUCAACUUAUGCUGCGUGCCCUGGGCCGAAAAAGCCUCAAGAAUCUGGACCCCAAGAUGAAGAUGAGAAUGAAAGUGAUGCAAAAUUGAUAGAAAAUGAAGGCCCUGAUUCUUUGGUUCAGUCCCAGCCAUUCAUUUUUCCGCCUAGUCAUCAUGAAGGCCUUCCAAUUGAGAAAGAAAUUGGAGAAGUUACUGAAAGAAAGGAUGCAAAAGUUGAGAAUACUUUAGAAAAUAUUCAGAGUUUGGAAGAUGUCAAGGCAGAUGAUCUUGCUGGCAAAAUUGACAGUCGAGGGGCGGAUUUAAAGCAUGGGGAAGAAGUUGUUCAAAAUCAUGAAGAUUUUGAGUUCUCUUACAAUAUUAAGCCGGGGAGCUCAUUUGAAACCCUCCAUCAGAGCACAGAGCAUCUCAGGGUCACUGAAUUGUUUGGAGAAAAUGAGACACGGGUUUCUCAGAUUCAUGGUAAGGAUGUUGAAACUCUCAAAAGUCUGGACUGGAUUGAACCUCGCCGACGUUCUGCUGUCGAUGAUGAUGAAACUAUCAUCCGUACUACAAAAUUGAAAUAUUUUGAGAGUGAGGUUGGAGGGAUGAGUAGCGCAAGUACUUGUGAUGAAAGUAAAGAUCUCGCCAAUCUGCAGAAAGAAGUUCAAGAACAUAAUUUCAGUCUUGCCAAAGCAUUUUCAGAUAAUGUGCAACAGGAUACUGAAACUUCCUUAAAUUCUCCAAAAGGUUCUGAAGGUAAGAAAAACAGUGGAAAGGAUCAUUCUUAUGAAGCUUGGUUGAAACGUCAAGCGACCUAUUUGCGAGGUCAGGUUCGGCAAUCAAAUACACUUUGGCCAAUUGCUAUUGCAGUUGCUUUGACGGGUAUUGUCAUUUUGGGACAGCGGUGGCAGCAUGAGAGGUGGCAGAAUCAACAGCUGAGGUUAGAGCUUGGUGAAAAGGAAGAGAAAGUAAGCCAGAUGGUGCAUCAAGUGGCUCGGUUGAAGGAAGCAAUUACUGGUCGCCGGAAAAUACCUAUAAUCAGAAGUUUUUCUGGAUAAGUAGAUACUGUGAUCUCCAAGAUAAUGACGAAAAAGUUAGCUUUUGCAUGGGAUGCAAUGGUGGCAUGGAUGCCUAUGAUACACAGAGGCUUGUAAUGCUGGAAGAUGGCUGUGUAUAUAGUCUAAUCAGACUGUUUGCGAGUAAUUUAAUGAGCUAUAAGAACAUUUAUUAAUGGUUCUACUAUAGUUUAGUUUGUUUAUACAGAUGUUUUGUACAUGAUCUAAUUAGAACCAUAUCGCUAAGAUGUCUUUUUGUUUUAACAUUUAACUACUGUUAUGGUAUUGUUAGGUCGGUAUAUAUGUGGAUUGUGGAAUCCGUUUUCAUUC